UUCGAAAGUCCCGCGUCGGAAAUCUAAUUACGGGUGCAAUUAAUUAAGAGAGAAUUACCCGGGGCGUGUCAAUAAUGUGUCAACUAGAAUUACCCGAGGUUCCCCGCAAGUUUCUUGUCCUUUACCAAGCUGCAGUUAGCACUUUAAUGACAACUGAUUGAAAUGUACACGAGCUGGCGAUUCAAACGAAAUGGCAUGGCUUCAGUUUAAGUUGCAGAGCCACAAAACGGAGAGCUGGGCCUUACAGCUGGGGCUCAUUGUUUAUCGCCAAAUGGGCUUUUGUUAUCGCCAUCAUUUAUCUGGUCAACAGUAGCCUUUGUCUUUGCAAAUGGCCCUCAAUCAGUCCGUCUACUUUGGAAACAAUUACCUUGUCUUGAAACCCCAUGGCCACUAUUUAAAUGCUGAGCCAUGUUGUAUCUUAUAGUGUACACCUUAAAGUGAACUCUGGUUGCGUCCCAAACAGCACAUUAGCGCACUUAAUAGCAAGUUUACAGUAGAGUACAUUGUUUCGUCCAGUGCGGAGAUCAAUAAAAAUAACAAAAACAACAACAACAAACAAACACCAAAUAACUUGAGAACUCCAGAAGGGAAGUUUUAGUAGCAGGGAAUGCUUUGGGUAGAAAAUUACAAAGAAUAAACAAAAUACUAAGUAGUUUGUCAUUUUAAAUACUUAGUUAACGCCCUGUUUUGUUUUUGUUUUCUGUUUGUUCCCAAAGAAGGCGUGUUGUAAUUAUGGGAUGUUUUGUGGCCACGCCCCUUUCAAAUACAUACCGCGUCAGUACCUCACUCCCCUGCGCCUUGUCUCGUGGCCUUGCCCUUGAGCACUACAGACUAAAAGGAAAACACAGCCGGGGAGUGUGGGGUUUUUUUUGUCCCGUCUUGCAGUAGUGAACACAGUAUCUUCUCUCAAGCAAGAGUGAUCAUGAUGUCCUACCUGAAACCAGCCCCGUACACAGUGAACGGGCUCAGUCUGGCUACUACUGCGAUGGAGCUGCUGCAUCCAACUGUGGGCUAUCCAGGAACCCCCCGUAAACAGAGACGUGAGCGGACGACGUUCACCCGCGCGCAGCUCGACGUGCUCGAGGCGCUGUUCGCCAAGACGCGCUACCCGGACAUCUUCAUGCGCGAGGAGGUGGCCAUGAAAAUCAACCUUCCUGAAUCUCGGGUACAGGUGUGGUUCAAAAAUCGAAGAGCGAAAUGUCGUCAACAGCAGCAGCAAACCCAGGCCGCCACGCAGAAUAAAACCCGACCUGCCAUCAAAAAGACUUCUCCAGCCAGAGAGGUAAACCUGGAGAGCAGCAGCAGCAGCAGUGGCCCGUUCACCAGCACCUCAAGCACCUCCUUACCGGGCGUGUCCACCAGCACGGCCCCAGUGUCCAUCUGGAGUCCGGCCUCCAUUUCUCCAGUCUCAGAGCAGCUCUCUUCCUCUACCUCCUCCUCUUCCUCAUCUUUGUCCUGUAUGCAGCGCUCUUACCCGGUCACCUACACGCAGGCGCCCGCAUACAGUCAACACUACUCGGGCACUGCAUCCUAUUUCAGCGGAAUUGACUGUGGCUCCUACCUCGGGCCUGUGCAUCACCAGCUGAGUGGCCCUGCAUCAAACCUGAGCCCGACAAGCACGAGUACGGUCAGCAAUCACCUGAGCCCGUCAUGUUCAUUCACACCUCAGGGCUACGUAACUUCCGGUGUCGGGAUCAACGCGCCGUCCGAUUGCUUAGAUUACAAGGACCAAGGCGCUUCUUGGAAGCUGAGCUUCAAUGGCGACUGCUUGGAUUACAAAGAUCAAACCUCUUCGUGGAAAUUUCAAGUUUUGUAAUAACAGUAAAAAAACAGACAAGAAAUAUUAAAUUAUUGAUUUUAUUCGAUAAAUGCGAUACUGUGAGUUUGUAUAAGUCUCCCCUACAACACAAUGCAAAUGAAAGAAUCUAUGCCGAGUUUGUCAUAUGUUUUAACUCAGGCUAUUAAAUUAUAUUUUUAUUAAGACAACGGGGACAAAAUGUUAACCAUGACCAUCAGUGAAACUCAUGGCUUAAAACUCGUGGUUCUGAAAAUUUCUAGCAAUCUGAAGUAGAUAUUAUUAUUAUUAUUAUUAUUAUUAUUAUUAUUAUUAUUAUUAUUAUUAUUAUUAUUAUGCACUAUUUUAUUUAUGACAAGAAUUUUUUUAAUUGCUUGUUUUUGCCGUAGAAGACAAUCAGUGUAUAUAAAAGUUAUUGUGCCCAGAUUUUCGUUGCUUUUUUGUUUGUUUGUUUUUUUCUUUGGUUUGUUUGUUUGUUUUUUGUAGCCAAAAUCGUUUUGAAACUGUGAACUGUCGUAGACCAUUUGAGAUAUCCUAUCCUAUAAGGAACACUAUGCUGUAUGUUUUGAUAGACUAGUUGUUGUUGGUGGUUUUUUAAAAAGUUGUUACUGAUGACGCUAAAUUAUUCAUGGGUUUGUUAAUACAUUUUGACAUAUAUUAAAACAUUUCUAAU